UGUUAGUUUGCAAAUGAAUGAAUGAGUGAAUGAAUGAGUGAAAUGAGUGAAGGUGUGUGGUGUUUCUGUUGCCUCUUCUGUUGCCUUCUCUGCUUCUGGUGCCUGUUUGGCUACUCUGUGAUUCAUCCCUAGCAGGCCAUCUCCAUGAGGACCCCAAGGCCAUGACUGUCAGGGAUCCGGCCAGGUGGGACCUGCUUCUCUGGUGCAGAUGAGGAUGCCUGACCCCAGGACUUGGGGGCUCUCCUUCUUCCUUGCUGCUUUAGCUGGGCAAGUCUCUCACCUCCUCGGAGCCCGAGGGUUCAUUUGCCACCUGCAGAAAUGGGGUUGGAAGAAGUUCCCUCUUCUGGGCUUGUGACUUUUUGUUCUCACCACAGGCUUCCGGUCUAAAGCUUUUUCUGCCCUCCCUUAUCUGCAUCUUUCCAUUCUCUCUCAGACAGGACUGAAGAAGGUGGGCCGCCUCCACCUCCAGGCAUGAGGAAGGGAUGUUGCUGAGGCUGCUGUUGCUCAUGCUUUGGGGAGGGCCCCUGGCUCAGGGUUCAAGCUCCUGGCUGAAACUACAGAAGCUGGUAACAGUGCAGGAAAGCCUGUGUGUUGUGGUGCCGUGCCAAUUUUCCCAUUCCUGGAUGAUCUCUAGCACUCGUUACAUGUUUUGGUUUAAAAAAGAAGUGAAUAAGAAGCAUGAUCUUCUAGUGGCCACAAAUAAACCUGGACAGAAGGUGCUGGAGAGGACCCAGGGCCGGUUCUUCCUCCCCAAGGACUCCCUGUCCAACAACUGCUCCCUGAGCAUCCAAAAUGCCGACAGGAGGGACAGUGGGCUGUACUUCCUCCGAAUAGACAAUUACUUCGGGCAUGCACACUCCUAUACAGAUGAGAUGCUCUUUCUGAAAGUGACGGCCCUGACCCACACACCUGACAUCCUCACCCUGGGGACCCUGGAGUCUGGCCGCCCUACGAACCUGACCUGCUCUGUGCCCUGGGCCUGUGAGCGGGGCACGCACACCCUCUUCUCCUGGACAUCAGCUGCUCACACCUCCCUGGGCCUCAGGACACACCUGUCGUCCAUGCUCACUCUCACCCCACGGCCUCAGGACCAUGGGACAAACCUCACCUGUCAGGUGCAGUUCCCUGCAAUGGGUGUGACUGUGGAGAGAAUUGUCCAGCUCCAUGUCAUCUAUGCUCCACGGAACAUGGCCAUCCACAUCAUUCAAGGAAACAGCACAGCCCUCAAGAUUCUGCAAACCACAUCCCUUCCCAUCCUGGAGGGCACGGCUCUGAGGCUGCUCUGUGUGGCUGACAGCAACCCCCCUGCAGCAAUGAGCUGGUUCAGGGGACCCCCAGCCCUGAACGCCACCCCCAUCUCCAGCACCGCGAUCCUGGAGCUGCCUAGAGUGGGGGCUGGAGAAGAAGGACAGUUCACCUGCCAAGCUCAGCACCCGCUGGGCUCCCCAAAUCUCUCUCUUAGCCUCUCCGUGGUCUACCCCCCACAGCUGCUGGGGCCCUCCUGCUCCUGGGAGGACGAGGAUCUGAACUGCAGCUGCUCCUCGAGAGCUCAGCCGGUCCCCUCGCUGCGCUGGCGGCUGGGGGAGGGGCUGCUCGAGGAGAACCCCAGCAACGCCUCCUACACCAUCACCUCCUACUCCACGGGGCCGUGGGCCAACAGCUCCCUGAACCUCCGCGUGGGGCUCAGCUGUGACCUCAGACUGAACUGUGAGGCAGAGAAUGUCCACGGGACCCAGAGCGCCAGUGUCCUGCUGCUGUUGCUGCCGCCGCUGCCGCCAGUGGGUGGGACGCAGAGCAGGUCCCUGGAGUCAAAAGCCCUGAACCAGUCCCAGCCCUGGGCACCUGGGGUCCUGGCACUGCCUCCGAUGCAAAUGGAGCAUGAAGGUAAACCGGAGCCCAGGGACUGUGGGUCCGUGGGAGUGGUCGGGGGAGCCGGCAUCACGGCCCUGGCCCUGCUCUCCCUCUGCCUUUGUCUCAUCUUCAGAGUGAAGACCUGCAGGGAGAGAGCAGUCCAGCAACUGCAGAGAACAGACAAUGAUGUGAACCCAGUCGUGAGCUCAGGCGCCAGGGGGCAUCAGCAUCCAUUCUUGACAGACAGCCCUUCAGCUCACCCAGCCCCUGAUGGUGUCAGGCCCACUGCAAAAGAAGAACAGGGGCUCCACUAUGCCUUCCUCAGAUUUCAUGAUCUGAAGCUUCAGGAACAGGAAGAUGCCAACACUGUGUACUCGGAGAUCAGGACACACAAGUGAGGAAUUACUUCUCACAGUUCUGGAGGCUGGAAGUCUUCAAUCAAUGUGUCAGCAGGCUUGGUGUCUUCUGAGGCUUCUCCCUUGGCUUGCAGAUGGUUGUCUUCUCUCUGUGUCUUCACGUAGUCUUCCCUCUGUGGUCCAAAUCUCCUCUCCUGAUAAGGACACCACAGAUAGUGGAUUAAGGCCUAACCUCAUAACCUCAACUUGAACUGAAGUAUCUCUUUAAAGACCUUAUCUCUGCCCUGGCUUGUAGCUCAUUUGGUUAGAGCAGCAUCCCAAUAUGCCAAGGUUCAAGUUCAAGCUCCAGUCAAAGCAUCAACAAGAAGCAACCAAUGAAUGCAUAAGUAAGCGGAACAACAAAUUGGUAUUUCUCUCGCUCUCCUUCCCCACUUUCUCUCUCUAAAAAAAACAAUGAAAGAGAAAGUGGCAAAUAUGUGAGCUAAAAGAAACAAACACUAUUGUGAAAAAUAUGAUAUGUAAAGGGGUCAAACAUAAAAUAUAAUAUUGAAAUGCCACACUAUUGUAACAUAAUUCAGGAAAGUGUAAAUAGAAUUUUGAUCUGAUAAAGUCUUUAUGUUAUUCAGGAGAAAACAAAAUGUUAUGAUAGGCUUUAGAUUUUGCUAUUUUGCUGUUGCAAGCUCAAGGAAAUUUUCUAAAAGAAUUGACUCCAGGUUUAUCAUCUCCAAACUAGAAGUAUAAGAGGUUCUGGAAAUAUUUUUCAAUCAAACCAGAGAGCAAGAGAUGGGAGAUUAAGAGGGAAAAAAGAGAAUAAUAGAACAUAUAGAGUACAAACAUAAGAUUACAUAUUUAGACCCAAAUAUAUCUUUAAAAUCACAUUAAGCACAAAUGGACUUCAUGCUCUCAAUAAAAUACAAAUAUAGUCAGAAUAGGGGAAAAUGUGUCUGUAGGUUGUUUACAAGAGAUCUAUGUAAAACCUAGAUUAGUGUUUGAUUGACUUUUUCUGAGGAUUGCUGACCAUCACAAGUGUAUUGAUAUCAGAAAAUAUA